AUGCAGUCCCUCGUUUCACAGUGGUUGGCAUGCCUGGCCUUGAUCUCUGCCUCCAAUGCCUCCCGGGUCGUGCCAGCCGCUCCCCGUGCUGUCGUCGUUGACGACGUCUCGAAAUUGAAACCGGAGUACGACUUCGUAGUCGUUGGAGGCGGCACAAGUGGCUUGGUCGUCGCCAAUCGCCUCACGGAAGACCCUGAAGUCAAUGUCCUUGUGAUCGAAUACGGCUAUGUAGACGCUCAAGAUGGAGGAACAUCAGUGCCGGGCCUCCCAGUCCCAGACAAGUAUCUACGCAACUACGAGAGUGUGCCUCAACCCGGGCUCGAUGGCCGGACAAGCCCAGUCUACACUGGUGCUGUUGUGGGUGGUGGCACUGUGGUCAAUGGCAUGUUCUUUACUCGUGGCUCAGCUGGCGACUACGAUGCCUGGGUUAAACUCGGCAACCCUGGUUGGGGCUGGAGCGACCUGCUACCAUACUUCAAGAAGAGCGAGACAUUCACUCCACCAAUCGAGGAGAUUCUCGAAGAGUACCCAGGUGUCAUCUCGACCGAUCUUGCUCCUCACGGGGUCGAUGGUCCUGUGGGAUCCAGCUUCUCCAAUUUCCAGUACCCGGUCAUGAGUAAGCCUCAACUCACCCUCUUGUCCAUAUCAUUCUCCGCCCUCGAGCGAGUGUCAAGAUCAUUUCAUCCUAACUUGGUCCCAGAACAUUUUUUCCGAGGCUGGAAUGCCAUCGGAGUCUCCACGCAGCCUCAGCCCAGCGACGGAGAUGCGAAUGGCGCUUUCUAUGGCCCUCUCUCGUUGACCGCAAAGAACCAGUCCCGGUCGGAUGCAUCGGAUGCUUACUACCGCCCUAUCGCGGAUACCAGAGACAACUUCCAUUUGAUUACAGGUCAGACGGUCACGAAGAUCAACUUCAACAAGCAGAAAAAAGCGACUUUUGUCAGCUUUACGUCGCGUAAGAACGGCAAUGGGAAAGCCCCUCGAACAGCCAAGGCUAGUUGCGAGAUCAUCCUCGCAGCUGGAGCGCCUCACAGCCCACAAAUCUUGCAGCUGUCUGGCAUUGGACCGAAGAAGCUGCUCUCUGGGCUCGGAAUUGAGACCAUUGUUGAUCUCCCGGGUGUUGGCCAGAACUUCCAAGACCAGCCUUCGAUGUUUAUGCAGUUCACCUACAGCAACUACCCCUUCCCAUCUCCCGACUGGCAGUACACGAACCAGAGUUGGGUUGAUGAUCAGCUAGACAUCUACUACAAGAAUCGUACCGGCCCUCUGACGAUCACAUACAACAGCGGGAGCAUCGUAUCUUACCUGCCGCUGCAGAACAUGACCGCCAACUACCAGUCAUUGAUCGACUCUGCAUCCGCAGUAGAUGCGAAGUCAUUGUUUCCAGCAGACAUCGACCCGACCAUCCUCGCUGGCUAUAAAGCCCAAAGCGACCUGACGCUCGACCUCUACGCCUCAGCCCACGCCACCGUGCAAGAGGUCGCCUGGGCUGGAGGCAACACUGUCCCCAUAGCCAUGCUCAAACCACUCAGCAGAGGCACCAUCGUGAUCAACACCACCGAUCCAACGGCACCUCCCGUCUUCGACUAUGGCACCUUCUCGCACCCCACCGACCUCGACACUGCCGUCGCGGCACUGAAGAAGACUCGCGAGUGGAUGGCUUCCGGUCCGAUGCAAGAGAUCGGCGCCGUGGAAACGUUCCCUGGCACAAACGUGACCACCGAUGCGCAAAUUGCGGCUUCCAUCCGGACGUUCGCAACAAGCACGUGGGCGCACCCGACUUGCAGCUGUUCGAUGAUGAAGCGGGAGCUAGGCGGUGUGGUGGAUCCGUCGCUGCUGGUAUAUGGUGUGAAGGGUUUGCGGAUCGUGGAUGCGUCGGUCAUGCCUAUGAUUAUAGGGUCGCAUACUUCGUCGACGGUGUAUGCUGUUGCUGAGAAGGCGGCGGAUAUUAUCAAGGCUGCACACGGGCUCAAGUGA